AUGAGUAGUGACGAAGAAGACUUCGAUGACGAUGAUACAAGCGAUUAUGAUGAAUUCGAUACAACAGAUGAAGAUGCAGAUGAAGAAGAUGAUGAUACUGAUGGAUCAACAUCACAACCAAUUCAUUUUCGUGAAUGUCUUCGUUUACUUGAUGCAGCAUUAAGUACAAGUAAUCCAUCUGUCCUUCCACGAUGGUGUGCAAGUGAACAAAUAGGAACUAUUGAUGAUCCAAUGUUAUUAAUUAAUGGUCAUCAAAGAUGUUUAUCAUUACCAUUAGAUAGACGAGAAGCUCGAAGAUUUAUUCGAAAAGCUAUACCGUUCGAAAUGAAGAUUGAUAUUGUCGAUGGAAUUUCAUUUUUACCAUCAUCCUGUCAAAUACCAUCAAAUUCAUUUAGCAUUUUAAAUCCACAAUGGAAAACAAAAAUUGAAUCUUAUCUAAAACGUUCAUGUGUAGCUCAAACACUUGAACUUGAUCCUAAUCAAAUUGAAUUAAAAGUUUCAAAAUUAGUUUUACUUGAACCAUGUCAAUUUCCAAGACAAUUUACUUGGUCAAAAGAUGAACAAAAUCCAUUAGUAAUAGCAAAAUUGUUUGUUAGUCUACCAUCUUCAUAUAAAGGUGGAAAAGAAACAAUAAUCUAUCAAAAAGAAAAACAUGUAUUUGAUUUAUCAGAAAAAGAUUCAAUAAAAUCAACUUUUUAUACAAUUGUUCCAACAAGUAAUGAAUGUAAACAUGAAAUUGAUUAUAUAUCCGAUGGAUAUAAAUUAAUAUUAAUUUAUGAUAUUAUUCCAUUAACAUCAACGAUUUUUUAUAAUGUUAAUAUUAAUGAAACAACAAUGAUUCGUGUUGCAAGAAUUUUAGAUACAUGGAUUAAUGGAUUAGAACAUGAUUAUCAUGGUUAUUCAACAAAAAUAAUUAUUCCAUUUUCUGAUACAUAUCAUUUGGGAAAUAAUCCACUUUUACAUGGAAUCGAUCGAGUUAUUGGAACAAUUCUUCGACGAACUAUUGAACAAUAUCAUUCAAAUAAAUUUUUACUUUAUCAAGGUAUUAUUCAACCAAAUCGAUCUAAUGAUGGAACGGUACAUGCUUGUCGAUUAUUAACGGAUCUUAAUUUAAUGGUUUCUACUACAAGAAAUACACUUUUUGAUAAAAUUGAUUUAUGUUUGGGAAAUUGUAAUGAAACUUAUUCAGGAAAUAUUUUUUUAAGAAAAACAAGAUCUGAACAAGGCAGUUUAAUAUCUAUUGAACAAUUUAAUGUUCCUAUCUGGUGUCUUGUUCCCGUUAGUCAUAAAUAUGAUCUUUUAAUUGAUAAUAUCCCACGUGUACUAACACAUCUUGAACAAAAUUUAAUUCCUUAUCAUAAUCAACGUAGUGAAACAUUUUUACUUCUUGAUUGGUUAUUAACAAGUUCGAAGAAGAUACAUUUUAAUGCUAAAUCACUUCUUCAUCAAUUACUUCCUCUUUUAUCUGAUAAAACAAUCACAUAUGAUCUUAUUAUUAUAAUUCGACAAUUAUUUGAGCAUAAAAAAUUUUUAGAACAAUUUUUUCCAAUGAAUAAUAAACAAGAAUAUGAUGAUAUUAUUUAUCUUUUAAAUUAUUCAAAAGAUACAAAAAUUCAAUUAUAUCUUCAUCAAGUUUUUCGUACGGUUCUUAAACGACGUUCACGUGAUACAGAUCGAAUUCGAGAUGCUAUUAAAUUUAUUGGAAUUUUAUCAUCACGAAAUGUAAAUUCGAAUUUUAUACUUGUACUUAUUCAUGAAUUACUUUCAAAUAUCUUUAAAUCAAAUAAUCCAAUGCCAUCUGUAACUGAUCUUGCUAAUUUACUUGCACUUUUAUCAUUGUCAAUGGAUUCUUUUGAAGCAUCAUGUCAAAUUAUUUCUCAACAAAUUAUACGACAAAUAAAAAUAACAACAAUAACAACAACUAAUACAUCAACUAUUACUAAUCUUUUAAGAACAGUUCUUGUACCAACUCUUAUUCAAAUUUAUCGACAUUUUAUGAAUGAAAAUCAAAUAUUUCGAAAAAGAAAACGUGAUCCAAUGAUUCAUUUUCCUUCUUGGUUUUUAUCACUUUAUCAAGCAUGUCUUUCACUACUCAAUACUUACUGCAAUAGUCUUCCACCGAUUCCAACUUAUGAUAAUCUUUUGAAUAUUUUCGAUACUCAUUGUUGUGCCAUUUGUAAACAAUUAUUUAUUUUUCUUCAAAAUACGAAUACAUUUGAACAAACUUUUAUUAUACCAAAAGAUAAAAUUGAUCAUUUUAAUAUGACUGUAAAUAAAUUUAAUCCUUUAAUUAUUGUAACAAAAUCCAUGAUGUCAGAUAAAGAAAAUCAUCAGAUAAAUAUUAUUAAAAUGUCAACAUAUGAUGAAGAAAUAUGCCGUGAAAAUAAUCUUCUUCGUUCAUUACUUUUUCAUAUUCAAUUAUCAAGUCAUUUCGAAGAUCAACCUGAUUUGACGACAAAGAAACGUUUUAAAUCGUCAAUAUGA